CGUUGAGAUGAGACGUUGAGCCUAUCGGCAGCCGGUUGCUCUUGGUGAAUAUUUUGAGUGAUGAUCAGCUGUUGCGGGACCUCUUGUUGAGGUAGGGUUUGGUGAUUGUUUAAUUAAUGACAUCUGACGUCGUCUGCUGUCUCUAAGCUGGUGCAGGAAAAACGAGAGGCACGUCUGCCGGAGUGAUCAACUGUCGGCGGUAGACGGAAGGAGGAUACGGUGUUAUUCCGAUGCGGACAACUUUAAAUUUACAGCUUGCGUGCACAUGAACCAAAGAUUGCAGUUGAAAUUCAUUGGAGAGUUAUUUCAGUGAUUUUAUUGACCACUGAAGAAAAAACAUAGAAUCAGUUCAACAUUAUCGUCUGCUCAUAGGAUCGUCUGCAGGUGUGGUCGUCUGCCACAGACCGAAAGGUACACCUACAACAUUGUACUGAUAUAUAUUGAGCUCUGUUAGGAAGACAAGUUGUCCUGACUUGAUGUGAACCUUCGUUAAUACGAAAGUGAUGUAACCACAUAUUUCAAGCUGUGUGUGUACUUCAUCCAGAACCUUUUUGGGAUCACUUCAUAUUGUCGGAACUUAUUCCGGAACGUGACAGGCAGCAGUCGAAGUUCGUAGCUCGUCAUCAGUGCGUGCCCCUCAGUGACCCUGUGUGGAGUUUGUGAGACUGCGUAUUCAUACACAAGGAUAUCAUCUUCCGCGGCAUGGAUAUUGAAAGAAGAUAAGUCGACAGCAGCAACGUCAGGGAUGGCAGAGUCACCAUCGUGGGUGAAACAGUUCGACGCUAGCCAGCGUCCAAGAUCUAAUUCCGUGCAACCAGGGACCUCUGCUUUCUGGGAUGCCGAUCGGAACGCGUACCAACCACUGAAAUGGCAAACGGAAUACAAUUAUGGAGGUUCACCGGGUCAUUCGCCGAUAGCCAUGGCACCUUCUGGUCAAGGGUCAAGGUCACCAGCUUCUCAGAACGGGUCAAGGUCAGCGUCGUCGUUAUUCCCUCGAAUUGGGUCGGGUGGAAACCUUGACACAAUCCCUGAAGAUCAGUUUUUGGAGCGUGGAACAGACUUCCGAUUUGUUGGCGGUGUGCGGAACCCAGUGUUUGAAAUGAGUGACUUGCAGAAUCCGUUUCGGUCCCAAAACAGACGUUAUUCUGAAAGUGAUCUGUUAGAUGGAGACUUUCAUCGGAACGCUCAGCGGAACGAGUCGCCUCAUUUUCGGCGCCAACAGUUAAACUCUGAUGAGAAUAUCCCAAGUGGUGAUAAUGAUCGACAGAAUAGGCGAAGAAGCAUGUAUGACCAUGACCCUCGAAGUGACCUGCGCAAUGACCUGCGCAAUGACCUUCGAAAUGAUCCUCGUAAUGACUAUCGUAAUUCCCGGAGUGAUCUACGACCUGAAUCUCGAAUUGAACUGCGCCCUGACCUGCGCCCUGACCUGCGCCCUGACCUGCGCAGUGAUUCUCGAAGUGAUCUGCGUGGUGAGACUCGAAGUGAGGUCAGUGUAGGUGGAAAGAGUGCUAAGAGUGGACGCAGUGAGAGCAUUAUCAGCGGUAAGAGUGACGAGACAAAAAUUACAACUCUCACAGCAAAUAGUGACCGACGUCGCAGUGAGGCGGGGUCAAGGUCGGGCAAGGAACGUCGAACCAGCGCUACUCCAAGCAGGCGCAGCGGAGAGUCCGCCCAAUCUUCAUCACUUAUUUCAAAUAAUAAUAACAAUAAACCCGAGCCGACUGCUUUAACCGCCAGCACUAUUGAGAUCCCUAUUGAGUUCAUAGAAACACCCGCAACCCGCAUUAAGAAACUGUUCGGACCCCUUAUAAUGUGUGUGCUGGUUAUAACACUGGCGGCCAGUCUUGGCGCCGCCAUCUACUUCGCCACGGUCCUUAAAGAGGCUCAACAGCAAACAAUAGAGAUUUUAAAGGCUCAGCUUGAGAUGAGCAUGUCGACUUCCGGCUUGAACGUUCAAACGCUGAGUUUACGGCAGAGGCAGAAUCUUACAGAUUCCUACUGCAAACAGGUGGACACAUUUUACAAAGAGAGUUCACUGUUUCAAGAUACAUAUAAAAAAUGCCAAGUGGACUCGAUCACGAACAACAAGAUUAAGUUCACUCUGUUCUUUGAGGAUGAGGAGGACAAGGCAACCACCGACAACAUUGUCGACGUCCUCAAGGCCCGCGCUACAGAGGACAGCAAAUCGAUGGUCCAGAUAAACCAGUUGAAACUGGAUAUUGACAGUGCCAAGGUCACCGUAGAGAAGGUCAGUGAUGAUGAAGAAUUUACGCCGACUUCUCCGCCUCCGCCCUUGUCUAAAUCCCCCACGACGAGGACGACAACAGAUGAGUCCACGUCAACUACACCACGGCCUCCGCCUACCGUGACUCCAGCUUCAGCACCCGUUACCCAUCCACCCCAGUCAAACACACCCGACCCAUGUGUGGGCAAGUCGGGAGACUACCUACAGCAUCCCCGCCAGUGCAACCUCUACAUCCAGUGCCACAACGGAGAGAGUGUGUUAUUUACUUGUCCGACUGGCACAGUGUUUAACAUCACGCUGAAAGUCUGCACCGUCAAGAAGGACAACAUACAGUGUACUGCCAAUCCGUGGGACCCGUGCAAGUCAAAGAGCAAGCAACAGUACCACCCCUACCCGGAGGACUGCAUGCUGUUCUUUCAGUGUCAACACAACAAAUCAAUAGUUCGAGUGUGUCAGAAAAACACCAUCUUCGACCCAGAGAAGCAGAUCUGCGUCCCCCCGUCCCCCAAUGUCAGGUGCCCUUCCAGUUCCGCCCCCUCGCCUCAAGCCAACACCGCGCCUCAAGCCACCACCGCGCCUGCAGUCGUCAAUCACGUGACAGGAAAGGCAAAUGGACCCGGAACCGGAAGUACGACUACCCCGCCACCUAUACUCUACCCAGAAAGGCCAGAUUACGACUCAACUCCUUGUAAGGAGGGCACCAAUGGCGGACUGUACCCAGACCCAACUGACUGCAGUCGCUACAUCCUCUGUGAAUUCAAGAAUGAAAGAAACAUGUCAUGUCCGAAGAAUCUGUACUUUGACCCCAAGAUCAACGUCUGCGUACCUGCCAAGAAUGACUUCUACUGCCCUGACAUCCGACCUUGUGAAGGUCGCGACGAAGGGUUUUUCCCCCACCCUCGAAAGUGCAACAAGUUUAUCAUGUGUAACGAUGGGAAGGAAGUCAUACAGACUUGCAUGCACGACCUCGUUUGGAAUCCACGCGUGAACUCUUGUGUUCCUAAAACGAACUCCGUCAGUUGCCCGGAUGAAGACACGUGACUAUGACUAAAAUGAUGACGUCACUCUGAUGUGUAUCUGUGAUAGAACACUAGUUAGAGCGGGACUCUAGCUUUGAUAUAUUGUUCCGUGUUUUAGUAUGUUCGUUGUUCAAUGAAUGUUCUGUAUUGGCAGUCUUCUGAGCAGGGUCAGUUGUGCUUGAAUCCUUACAUUCUUGUCAUACAGUACAGUGAAUCACAGCUGAUGAACUUCGUGGAGGCGCCGGGUUAAAACGGUCCACGGCAACCUAUGCUGGUCGUAAGAGGCGAUUGAGUGGAUCGGGUGGUCAGACUCACUGACUUGGUUGGUUGCGACGGCGUGUAUCGUUCCUCAUUAUAUCAAUCACUAGAUUGUCUGGUCCAGAC